AUGAUUUCCAAUAAUAAUAUUAUAUAUAUAUCAAGUGAAGAUGAAAAUGAUAAAAGUAUAUUAUCAAAUAAAAUGAGCAUAAAUAUAGACAAGAGUUUUUUUUUAUUAAAUAAUAUAUAUAAAGAGAAAAAUGUAGAUGAAGAUAAAAUUGAUGUAAAUAUUUUAACUGAAAAUAAAUAUAAGAAUGAUAAUAAAAAUGAAUAUGGAAAUGAAUAUGAAAAUGAAUAUGAAAAUGAAAGAAAAGAUGAAAAUAUAAAGGAAAAUAAUAGUAAAAAGGAAGAUGAAAGUAAUAUGGAAAAUAAAAAUGAAAAAGAAAAUAAAAAUAAAAACAAUGAUGUUAUUUAUAUAGAUAAUGAAAAUGAAUAUGUAAAUGAAAACAAAUAUGAUGAUAUUAUAUGUAUAGAUGAUGAGAAAGAUAAAAGAAAUGAUGUUAUAUCAAUUGAUGACAAUAGUGAAUAUAAUGAAACUUUUUCAUUUAAUAAUAAAAGAUUAAUUUCUGAGAAUAAAAACAAUUAUAGUAAUUGUGUAUUUGGUAGAAGUUUAACAACCUAUUCAGAAAGUUAUUUAUCUUCGUAUUUCUUAAAUAAUGAAAAAGAUUCUAAUAUAACUGUUGAAAUAAAAAAUAAAAAUGUAGAAACAUAUAAUAAUAAAAAAAACAUAAUCAGACAUAUAAAUAGUAAUAUAGAUAAAAUAAAUUUGUGUUUACAAGAUGAAUUAUUGAAAAAUGGUUUAAAUUACCAUUUAAUUAAAAAUAAACAUAAUUUAAAUUAUGAAACAAAGAAUACCAGUUUGUAUAAGCGUUCAUACAUUAAUAAAAAUAAAAACUUAAAAAAGUUAAGAAAUAUAACAAGUAUAUAUGAUAAAAGAAACGAAAAGGAACAUAUACAAUUAUUUAACACUGUAAAAGAAAAUACUGAAAAUAAAUAUAGUACUACUGAAAUAUCAUGUGAAAAAAAUUAUCUGAAAAAAGUGAAGAAUAAAUCCAAUAAAAUAUCGAAAGAAAUUGACCUUAAUUUUUUGAGAAAAGAGGAUUCACGAAAAGAAGCAAAAUAUAGUAGUUUAAAUAAUAACAAAAAGGAAUUACUUAAAGGUGAUGAACAAGAAAGGAGCAGCAAUAACACAUCUAAAGAAAAUGUAACUGGAAGAAAGAAUAAAAAAAAAGAAAGGAAAUCCAAAAAAAAUAUAAAAAAAGAUAUGCGGAAAGAAAAAAAGAUAAUACAUUAUAAUAGAUGGAUAUUUAAGGAACAAUUUAGAGAAGAAAAAAUUUCAGUAAGUAAAAAUUUUAAAAAAAUGAGGCAUCUUAAUAAAGGAGUGUAUAUAAGUUUUAUGAGUAAGAAAGGUAAUUUAAUAGAAAUUUUAUUUAAAAAUAAAUUUGUCGAAAUGUCUUUUAUUGAUGAAAAAGAAAAAAAUUCAGUAAAUAAAUAUUAUUUAGAUUUUGAAGUCUUAAGUUUAAAUAAUAAAAAUUUCCUUGAUGAAAAACAAUUAAGAGAAUUUUUAUCAAAUCGUAAAGAAAUAGAUUCAGAUAAGUUAAUUAGUCAUAGUGUUUUUUCUCAGAGUUUAUCUAGUGCAGUUAUAGUAGAUUUUGAAAAUAUAAGAAUAGGAUUUAAAAAUAGAUAUGGGAGAAAUAUGGAAAUAAAUGAUUUUUUUGAAAUAAUCAACAACAUAAUAUAUUUAUUAAAUUUCAGAUGUAAUGUUGUUCACAUACAUGCAACUCAAUGUGAAGAGUUUCUCCGAUGUAAAUAUACAAAAGAAGACUAUACUUAUUACAAAGAUUUCUUUUUGAAAUUAGAAAAAAUAAAAGAAGAAGCUGAAAAAUGCGAUUUGGAGUUAAAAAUAUAUUAUUAUAUUACCAAAUCACAUUAUAUUUCUUCUAAUUCUGUUAAACAAUUAGGAACCGACAUAGAAAUAGGUUUAGAUAUACAAGAAAUGGGAUAUAAAAAUUAUGUUGAUUGUGUCAUUUUAUUAUCAAGUGAUUCAGAUUUUUUUCAUAUUUCUUAUAAAUCUCUGAAUUGUCAAUUUAUUCAUUGCUCAGAUAGAAAAAAAAUUUUUUUUGAUGUAGAUGACAAGUUAUCUCCUCUUAAUUUUAUUGUGAAAUUCGGAAAACCUAUAAUUAUAUGUUGUUUUAAAAAUGAUUUAACAAAAAGUAAAUUUAUAAGAAAUGGAAAAAUAAAAACAUUUUCUUUUAAUUAUUUAUCUCUUAUUUAUAAAGCGUUAUGCUCUAAAUGUGAACGAUAUGAAAUGAUGAAAUUGUAUGAAAAUAUUGAAAAUAAAAAACAUAUACUAAUAGAAAAAAUUAAUAAUAUCAAAAGAAGAGAAAAUAACGAAGUAAAAGAAUCUAUUGACAUUUUGUUAUUAGAUGAUUUUAUUUCAUAUGUAAAUCCAUUAUUUUUAAAUGGAAACAAAUUUAAUUAUUCUUAUUUUUUGAGUAAUCAAUAUUGUAGUUGUGCAUAUUCAUUCAAAGAAAUUGAAAAAAAAAUUAAUAUACCCUUAAGUUAA